AUGAGUACGAUGAAUUUAGGGCUCAUUGCCUUAAUUAUAACACUGUUUAUUGCUAUCUACCGAUUGUAUUUUCAUCCCCUUAGCCAAAUCCCUGGACCGUUGUUAGGACGAGUAUCGUCCAUUUUCAUGUAUACAGUUACCUACAUGGGAAUCGAAGGUCGGGUCCUUCGUCACUACCACCAAAAGUACAAUACAACCGUGUUACGAAUAUCACCAAACGGCUUGUCCAUCUCCGAUAGUUCCAGCAUCCAUCCAAUUUACGUAGCUGGUGGUGGGUUCCUAAAAGAUGAUAGAUAUCAAAACUUCAAUCUCGGACCUAUCGUCUCUAUCUUCUCCGCGGUUGAUACAUCUUACCGCGAUGUGCGUGCGAAACCAGUAGCUCCUCUCUUCGCCCUUAGUCGGCUACGUUUAGCCUGUCAACCUAACGGCGUCAUCAACCAAUCUAUAGCUAGGUUCUUGAAGCGCCUUGAAGACUUCAAGGCAGCGGCAAUAAAGUUACGCGGCGCAAGGGUUGACAUUCUCGAUCUCUGCGCUCGUCUCUCCGUCGACGCGGUUAGCGGAUAUUUACUGGGCGAGCCCUACGGUGGGCUCACUGAAGACGAAAACCUUCCGAUAGAGGCCCGCCUAAACACACAUCUUAGCAUCAAUCCCUUCAUUUUCCAAAUUGUUGCGUUCGCACGCUUCUCGUUGUUGCCUCACUGGCUCUUCGGCAUUGUUUAUGCUGUCUCCAUGUAUAUCAGUUCGAACAAGGAGGCUUCUGAAUCUAUCAUCAAUCUAGACAGAUACGCAACCCGUCUUGUAACUCAGACCAUCAACGAGAAAAGCUCAGACUCUUAUCAGGCAAGGCUGCUGCAAGUUGGACUUCAUCCCACAGAAGUUAAAGAACAGUGUAAAGCUGUCAUAUUUGCCGGAGCAGACUCUACAGCAGUCAUGCUCGCGACUAUUAUCUUCCACUUGAUGAAGAGGCCCGACGUUCUACACACUUUGCAACGGGAAGUUAAAGGUGGUAUUGAUGACGUAUACCAGCUACCAUAUCUAAGGGCAGUUGUCAAGGAAGGAUUACGGCUAGGUAUGGCCAACCCUAGUCGCCUCACUCGUGUUGUACCUGCAGAUGGACUUGACGUCGGAGGUUUCCAUAUACCACCGGGUACUAUUGUGGGUGCAGCAGCCUCGGUGUUACAUUACAAUCCCGCAGUGUUUCCAGAUCCCCUUUCCUUCUACCCAGAACGAUGGCUUGAUGAGGGCCAAGACUCGGGAUUACGAAGACUGGGCAUGGAAAGGAGCCUGUUUAUGUUCGGCAUUGGAUCUAGAGCUUGCAUAGGGAAGAACCUUGCUCAACAAAUACUCUUACAGGCAGUGAAAGCGUUGGCUGAGAGCGAUGUUUUAGACUACUCUAAGACAUGCCAAGAAAACAUUGAGAUAAUCGAAUGGUUUAACGCCGAGAUAAAAGGGCACAAAUUAGAGAUAGAGUGGGAAGUUAGUCUAUAA